UUACAAAUUCAACGUUUUUCUUACCUCCAAUUUAAAUUUUUGUAUAUUUACUCUUUUAAAUAAAAAACAUGAAUUUGGGCAAUGAAACCGAGGACCUACCAAGCUACGAAGAAACACUAGAAACAAUUUCCCACAAACAAUACAUAUUGAAAUAUCCGCAGCUCUUUCGACUGUGUACUUCAGACCCUCGACUACGGUCUAGACCAGUGUCAGCGCCAGAGCCUAUGUUGAUACCUCCAUAUCUAGCAGCACCAUAUGCUUUGGUGCCGGAUUUGGUUCAAGAUGAUAUAGGCACCAAUGUACUAUUGAACAACAAGGAAGCAGAGCAGCAGCAGACCAGAGACCAUUGGAACAAAGAGGCGCCGCCGCCAGCGUACGAAAAAACCGAACCCAAUCGAUUAGAAGAAAUGUAUCUGAUUCCCUCCAACCCCAUUCCGUUCACCUAUGAUUUUACAUUUCCUGAAGAUCAAGCCGAUCGGCUGUGGUGGGCAUGUAAUCGGGAGGCGAAGGAUGUUGGCGAGGUGUCAGAGGGGCGGCCAUGGAGGGAGUUUGUUUGUGUGGAGAGAUUGAUUGGUCGAAUGUUAGCUGAGGUUGUAAGGUGUAAAAAGAAGGAUCUGACUUUGGGCACUUUGGUCAUACAUGGUGAUUUGGAUCCUGGGUUGCACAAGCUUUUGGUUUUUUCAACAGUAACUGUAAUUGAGGAGUACCCAAUGAGGUGCCUAGCUUAUUUGGGUCGCAGCGCGUCUUAGUGAUUUUAAAACAAUAUUAUACGGCUUCUUUAAUAUUGAUGUGACAUUGU